AUGAAGAAUAUUUUCACCAUACCCCAGCGCGUGACCCGCCACGGGAACCCUCGCCAUCAGUCAGGGGGAGCCAACCCAUUGCCCCCCCGCUUCCACCACCACCUCCUCCUCGACGUCUCCUCCCAUCGGUCGUCCGGAGGCGCCAGCAGCCGCGUCGGCGGCAGCCCAGACGGACCCCGGAAGCUCCGUCUUCCCCUGGAGACCGAAGGGAGUCCCGAGACGUGGGAGGUGGAGGAGGUGGAAGUGGUCGGGCAUGGGCUGGUUCUCCAAUACUGGCUGGUGGCGUUGGUGACCGUGGUGGUGAUCACCAAACUUAUUCGUGGCGAAUUAUAA